CGCCCGCUGGCGGAGUUCAGACUCUCGGAGCGGGGCUCCCGGGGCCUCUCCUCCUGCUCCCGGCGGAUCGGCGGCCUCGGGCCUCCCCGGGCGGGGGUCGAUGGCGGGCGGCGUCAGCAGCCCCGGGCCCGGCUCCAGCCCCGGGCCCGGCCCCGGCUUCGGCUGCGGUCUGUGGUACCACCGGGACCUGAGCCGAGCGGCGGCCGAGGAGCUGCUGGCCCGGGCGGGCAGAGACGGCAGCUUCUUGGUGCGGGACAGCGAGAGUGUGAGCGGGGCCUACGCGCUGUGUGUGCUGUAUCAGAAGCACGUGCAUACUUACAGGAUCUUGCCAGAUGAAGAUGAUUUUCUGGCUGUACAGACCUCCCAGGGUGUUCAGGUGAGGAGAUUCAAAACCCUGAAUGAGCUCAUCACGUCAUACCUGCAGCCAAACCAGGGCCUGGUCAGUACCCUGCUCUACCCCGUGGAGAGGGAGGACAAGAAGGAGACAGCAGAGGACAAAGACUACUCGGAUUGUGAAGAUGAGAGGCCACCAUUGCCCCCUCGCUCUGCCUCCACCAACUUCACAGGCAGUUCAGGCACCUGCCUCUCCCCUGUGGCUCAGGAUGGGACAGGAGAGAGCGCAGCCAAUGGGAUGACCACCAUGUCCCACGAGUACCUGAAGGCGAGCUACGUGUUGGAUCUGGAGGCUGUCAAGGCAGGUGCCACCACCCUCCCUCACCUCAACAAAGCAUUAGUGACGUCCUGCAAGAGGCUCAACAGUGAAGUUGAUAAAGUCCUGGCAGGCCUGGAAAUACUCUCGAAGAUAUUCGACCAACAGAGCUCACCACUGCUAACCCGACUGAUACAGCAGGCCAGUAGUCAGGGUGGAGAUCAGCAGCUAGAAAACCUGGUCAUGAAACUCUCAGUCCUGAAGGACCUGCUCUCUUCCAUGGAGAGGAAGGCUCUGAAGGCGCUGCAGGAUAUGAGUUCCUGUCCCAGCUUCACAUCGCAGUCGUCCGUGUUCUCUCAUACAGCACCUCGCAAGGCAAAGAGCAUUCCCGUGCAGGCCUUUGAGGUUAAGCUGGACGUGAACCUGACAGAUUUAACGAAGAUUGGUAAAUCGCAGAAGUACUCGCUCAGUGUGGAUGUGGAGGGGGGUAAACUGGUGGUAAUGAAGAAAUCCAAGGACACUCAGGAGGACUGGAACACAUUUACUCAUGAUAAAAUUCGGCAGCUGAUAAAGUCGCAGCGUGUCCACAACAAGUUGGGAAUUGUGUUUGAAAAGGAAAAGGAUAAAACGCAGAGGAAGGACUUCAUUUUUGAAACCACAAGGAAACGUGAGGCAUUCUGCCAACUCCUGCAGCUAAUGAAGAACAAGUAUUCAAAGCAGGAUGAACCGGACAUGAUCUCCAUCUUCAUUGGCACCUGGAAUAUGGGAAGUGCCCCCCCUCCGAAAUUCAUGGCAUCCUGGCUGGUUUCCAAAGGCCUUGGGAAGACUUUGGACGAGAUGGCGGUCACCAUUCCACACGACAUCUAUGUCAUUGGGACCCAGGAGAACUCGGUGGCGGACAAGGAGUGGGUUGACUUUGUCCGAGGCAGUCUAAAGGAAUGCACUGACCUAGACUUCAAGCCGAUUGCAAUGCAGACGCUCUGGAACAUUAAAAUCGCAGUCCUGGUAAAGCCAGAGCACGAGAACAGGAUCAGCCACGUCAGCACGUCCAGCGUGAAGACCGGAAUAGCCAACACCCUGGGUAACAAAGGUGCAGUUGGUGUUUCCUUCAUGUUCAAUGGCACGUCAUUUGGAUUUGUGAACUGCCAUUUAACAUCUGGUAAUGAGAAGACUGCAAGGCGAAACCAAAACUACUUGGACAUCCUGAGGCUACUUUCCCUGGGGGAUAAACAACUGAGCUCUUUUGACAUCUCCUUACGGUUCACCCAUCUCUUCUGGUUUGGAGACCUCAACUACCGGCUAGACAUGGAGCUGCAGGACAUCCUGAAUUAUAUCAAUAGGAAAGAGUUGGAGCCUCUGCAGAAAGUUGACCAGCUCAACUUGGAGAGAGAGAAAAAUAAAAUAUUCCUUCGAUUUUUGGAAGAAGAGAUUAUCUUUCCUCCAACGUAUCGAUAUGAGAGAGGUUCCCGCGAUGUGUAUGUCUGCCACAAGCAGAAACCUACUGGGGUGCGUACAAACGUCCCGUCGUGGUGUGACAGGAUCUUGUGGAAGUCAUACCCUGAGACUCAUAUCAUUUGUAACUCGUACGGGUGCACGGAUGAUAUUGUGACAAGUGACCAUUCACCUGUCUUUGGUACCUUCGAAGUUGGUGUAACGUCUCAGUUUGUAUCGAAAAAAGGUCUGUCCAAGUCAUCUGACCAAGCCUACAUCGACUUUGAGAACAUUGAAGCCAUUGUUAAAACUGCCAGCAGGACCAAGUUCUUCAUCGAGUUCUAUUCCACCUGCCUGGAGGAGUUCAAGAAAAGUUCAGAAAACGAUACGCAAAAUAGCGACAACAUGAACUUCCUGAAAGUUGGCUGGUCAUCGAGGCAGCUCCCAACGCUGAAGCCAAUUCUCUCAGAUAUCGAAUAUCUCCAGGACCAGCAUCUCCUCCUAACUGUCAAGUCAGUGGACGGUUAUGAAUCCUACGGAGAGUGCUGCAUCGCACUGAAGUCAAUGAUCGGCAGCACCGCUCAGGUCUUUCUCACCUCUCUGUCGCACCGCGGGGAGGAAACCGGGAACAUCCGAGGCUCCAUGAAGGUCCGCGUGCCAGCGGAGAGAGCCGGCACCAGAGAGCGUCUUUACGAAUGGAUUCGAGUCGACAAGGAUGAGACUGGAGCAUCCAAGGGAAAGCCAGGGAGCCGAACGAACCCGGAUGUGAAGGGGAAUUUGAAGAAGCCGGUAUCUCCUGAGACAUCUGGGCCACAGCUUGGGAAACAGAGCGAAGAGCCAGAGAAACUGUCCCCCCUACCGGCUGGACGCACCCCUGCACCGCUCCCUGCAGUAGCUACGGAAGACAGGACCAAACAGGGGGAGGCGCACGCUGACGCAGAUGCGCUGUGUUCCAAGAACAGCUUCAACAAUCCUGCCUACUACAUGCUGGAGGGAGUGCCUCUAUCCCCCGACCACCAGGUCCCGGGUGCUGUGAAAGCACCUCAGAAAGCCAAAGGCCACGCCACUCUGGGCCUACACGACAAGAAGCGGCAGCAGUCAGCUCGCCCUCCCCUGGCCAGCGAAGAGGCCUCGCUCUCGGACGACGAGUGCCUAACCCUCAACCGGCCGCCACCCGACUACCCCCCUCCACCCCUGCCCAAGUCAGCUGAGAUGGACGUGAUUGAAAAUCCUUUCUACGCCACCUCAAAGGAGAUCCAGAGACAGAGGUCCAAGGACGAGCCUGGCCUGAGGAACCCCGGCGGCAAGCACCGGCACCCCACAGACCCCUUGGAUGCCAAAUCUCCCUUCCCACCCAAACCUCACCCCAAGAGCCAACUGUCCCCCGGCACGGGCCAGCUACUGCCUCCCUACAUGACCAACCACUGCGGCCCAGCCUACCAGGGGGCUGUCGAUGAUCACUCCUAUUCCGCCCUGCAGAUGGCCAAGAGCCUCAGCGAGGUGGACUACCCAGCGGGCAAGGCGGAGCCACCAAUGAGGAACCCCCCACUGCCAGUGAAAGGUCAACCCCACCGAGCUUUCCUCCCUGACUACAGCCGCCCUGCUGCUUUCCCCCCUCGCUCCAUUAAGGAGAGCAUCGAAGAGGAUAUGGCGGAGGAGGCCUCGUGUCAGGCAAGCAGCACCAGCUCCAGCCUGUCUCACGAUUCCAGUGUGGGAAACUGGUUACGUCGUCUGGGCUUGGAGAGGUAUGAGGAUGGCCUGGUCCGCAAUGGCUGGGAUGAUCUGGAAUUCCUGAGUGACAUCACAAAGGAGGACCUGGAAGAAGCUGGCGUGACAGACAUCAACCACAAAAAUAUUCUGCUGGAGAGCCUGCAGCAAAUGGGAAAGUAACGAGCUGCAGGACUUUUCUUUCUUUAUAUAUAAAAAAAGUGCCUUAAGGGAGAUUUUUUUUCCAACAGUUUCUAAAACUUCUGGAGAAGCAACAAAAAGGAUAAAUGUUAAAUACAACUGACUGUCCAAGAGAGGAGGGACGUUAUUGCCCAAGCACUGAUUCUAAGACUAACUGUACCGCGGACUACAGAAACUGCCACCUCUAGCCUCAAUCCUUCCUACCCACAGUGGGCUGUGUGAUCACUCACUCCAGGGUAUGCUUGGGAGAGGGUUGAUGGGUUGGGGGAGGAUCUGUCUGUGAGGUGAUUUCUCCACCUCCCUGCCAGUAACCGAGACUGGAGUUAACCACUGGGAACUCGCCAGUGUGUUUCGCUUCAGCAGCAAGACGCCACCCCUCCCCUGGUAGCAACGCCCACGAUAAGUACUGGGAGUCGCUCCUCAGAUUGAAGGAUUCGUCCUGCUCUGCCUGUGACAAAGCCGUCCAAUCACUGUUACUGUGGUGGUUGUCUGCCAUGCCUGACGAUGACGUGAAGCCCAUUUGGGAGAGUGUUUAAAGUGGAAAAGCCGUGACACUGGGGCAGUUCCACUCUCACAACUUCGGAUGUCAGUGUCCAGUCGAUACAAGCUGGUUGCAGUGGAUGACCAUGAUUACCUCUGUGCCUUGUCAAGCCGUUCGCUCUCCACAGAGUGUUGCAGAACUGCCUUCCUGAGCACUGGCUCUCGCUUCUGAUCUCAUCCGUCCAGUCCACCAGAGCUGGCUUCACACGCUAGGACGGGCAUGUCCCUAUCUCACUGCUCUGUGACCCAUGGGCUACUCACCUGGUUUGACCCGCCUGUCGAAGCAGUGUGCCCCGCGGGGUGUGGCCAUUGUCUCAUGCAAACACCACCUGGAACCACAUGUGAGAGAUGAGUGUCCGGCGGGUCCGAAGGCGAGUGAGCUGUCCCAGAAUGGACACAAUAUGCCCCUUCACCAAAGGAGCCACCCCUUGCUGGAUACCCCACACACAGUUACUGUAUGUCUGCGUAUAGACCCUGCUGAAACAGAUUAACAUGGGCAGUUAAGAAUUGGGAAUGCUGUUUUUCAUGAUUGGGACCAAGUUGUUUUGACUGCAUAAUCCUGUUUUCAGAUCUAGAUUCACGUCUUUGUCACACGUACAUCGAAACGUACAGUGAAAUACGUCAUUUGCGUCAACAACCAACACAGCCAAGGAUGUGCCACACAUUCCGGCGCCAAUGUAGCAUGCCCACACUGUUCAGCAGAACAACACAAGUAGCAACAACAAGAAGACGAUAACAGCAAAACAGGCCGCUUCACCACCUUCCCACCCACCCACUCAAAGACAGGCCUCCAGCCUUCAGUCCGUGGCCCCCAAUGCGUAGACUUCAGACUUCUGACCUCAAGUCCUUGGCCCAGAUCUACGGACUCAUGGACAUCAGGCCUCUGACUUCCAGGUAUGCCAGCUUUGGCCUUCGAUCUUCAAUAUCAACGCCAGGAUUCGCAUGGACUUCUGGCCCCAGAAUUUGCUGAUCUGGGGGAGUCACUGGCUCUCAUGCCCCCUGUGCACUGUGCUUGCUAUCGUACUUGUAUCAAUAGGGAAUUGCUGUUUCAGAGUUGUCUGGAGGUGGGAAAGGGAGGAUUAGGAGGCAUCCUGCCAGGUGCCGUAAGCUGAUGGAUGGGUGUUCACCACUGGAAGAGAGAUUACUGCAGUCGUUCCCUCCUUCACAGUAAUCGCUGUGUAAGGCAUCGUGUUAGUCCGCUCAGUCCCACACUAGAUCAGUUAUAGUCGACUGUAUAUCGUCGUUUGCGCCAAGAACCAACACAGUCUGAGUUCAUGCUUGGCACAUCCUGAAGUGUCACCAAGCUUCCAGCACCAACAUAGCAUGCCCACUAGCCCGUAUGUCUUUGGAAUGUGGGAGGAAACCAGAGCACCCGGAGGAAGCCACGUGGUCACGGGGAGAACGUACAAACAUUUGGCAUGCAGAAGUUGAACCCAGGUUGCUGGCACUGUAAAUCGUUACUCUGGACAUGCUAUCCUCACUGAUUGACAGCAAGAUCAUCUUUAUAUUCAACUGGGGGCUGGUGUUGCAGGGUUGGCUGGUGGUGGGGAAGGUGAUGGAUGGGUAUUGACCUGUUGAGUUGGGUUGUGGAGAUUACUGGAGUUGUCUCCUCCUUCACAGUCGUCGUCACGCAUGUAUCUCAGUCCCACUGCAUUGCAGCAGCUCACAGGAUGGACGGAAAUGGGCUGGACCGCCCACGGGGCUUAACCUGUGUGGGUCCUGAUCCAGCCGCACCUGCUGGUCAGGUGUUCGGGCCGUCCCUGCGGUCAGGUCAGUGUGGCUCUGUAAUGUGACUUUGGUGCAGUUCCUGUCCACUUGGCGGUUAGAUGUUUGCUCAGGUGCUGUGGAAGGAACUUUGCAACGUAUCUACCCUGAAGUUGGCACCAGAGAGCUGCCAUUUACUGAACGUGUUCAAAAUGUCUUGCUGAGGAACAGCAGAGCACUCUGGCAAGGUGAUCUGAACAUGGGCCCUCUGUCAUAAGCAAGCCAGGGCAGUACAAUAUGGAGACCCAUGCAUCCAUGGAGCUGACGAAUCGAAAGGAAAAGCAGGGAACUCAACAUAAGAGUGCUUCAGGGACUGCAGCUCCAGACUUUGCCUCUGAAUUUGCUCCCCAUGAGUGGAUUAUAGCCACAACGCAGAGGAGGUUUGAGAUCAGAGUUUUCCUUCUCCAGGAGAAGGGCUCACUUAACACCUGGUGUUUUAUAACCUUGAAAACUUUAUUGUUCAGGCUCCUGUAAAUAAAAGGACUUUGCAAUUUAAGAAUUUGGUCAGGAAAGUAAAGCCCAUUGCCUUACAAUACAACUGUCUGGAGCAGAAGGUCUUCGCUUUGAGUAGCAUCACUUGUGAUGGCUCCUUCAUUAAAGACUUCAAACUGCUCCAGCUCCACACCUUCAGCCAGAAUCAGGUUUAUUAUCACUGACACAAAAUGUGUUGUUUCGUGACAAGAGUACAGUGCAAAGACAUAAAAAUGAAAACAUUACAAAAUUAUUGCAGAGAAAUGGAAUGAUGAGUUAGUGUUCAAUGUCUGUUCAGAAAUCUGAUGGCAAAAGGGGAGAAGCUGUUCCUGAAUCAUUGAGUGUGGCUUCUCAGGCUCCUGUGCCUGCUCCCUGAUGGCAGUGAGAAUAGGACAUGUCCUGAAUGGUAGAGGUCCUUUCUGAUGAAUGCUGCCCACUUGAGGCUCUGCUUCUUGAAGAUGCCCUUGAUGGUGGGGUAGGUAGUGCCUGUGAGUCUACAACCGUCUGCAGCUUUUCCCAGUCUUGUGCAGUGCCCCCCCCCCCCCACCGCCGUACCAGACAGCUGGUCAGAAUGCUCCCGUGUUGUAGGGUCCUCUGAAAGUGGGCGAGUACCGUCAAGGAGUGAUCAUCCAAGCAACUUGCAGAGAGUGGGUGAUUAGUGUUCAGAGAAUCAUAGAGCAGGAGCAGGCCCUUUGGCCCACAGUGUCGUGCCAAAACAAUUAAAUUAUUAAUCAACUGGCCAACUAAACUAAUCCCUUCUGCCUACACAAUGUCCAUAUCCUUCCAUUUUCCUCGUGUGCCUAUCUAAACAUCUCUGAAAAGACUCCAAUUUUCUGGAACACAGAACUACACAGCACAGGAACAGGCCCUCCUUUGGCAAAGGCGGUUCUGGUUCCCCCUCAAUGGAUGGGAGCUGUAUUUUCAUCAGGAACGCCUUAACAUUGCUCUGGUGUUGGAGACUCACCUGCUUCGAUGUUACAGAGCACAGACUAGCAGUCAAAGGAGACUCUCUCUGCCUUUCCCCUCUCAUCCUCAACUCCUUUCUACCCUGCCUGCCUGUACUUCACCCAAAAUGGAGAGCUGUGGAAGGCUAUGGUCUGGGUGCGGGUCGAUGUGACUAGGCAGAAUCUUUAUUCGGCAGGGACUAGGUGGUCCAAAGGACCUGUUUUUGUUCUGUAGUGGUCAACGACUCAAAACCAACCAAGAUUCUGCUGGGAGCCGGGGAGGUUGUUUGACCUGAGGGCGCUUAACCAAAGUCUGUCCCUUGUGGAGGGGUCUCUGGCUGCAGUCAGCCUCCUCUCCUAUUCUGGCUUCUGCCCGCUCCCUUUCCAGUCCUGAUGCAGGGUCUCGGCCCAAAAUAUGACCAUUUGUUCCCCUCCAUAGAUACUGGCUGAGUUCCUCCAGCAUUUUGUGGUGUGUUUCAGUGUUUCCCUCAUUUAAAGCAGGUUCUGAGACUGCCUGUGCCUGGCUGUUUGUGUUCUUGUUAUCCUGCAUUCUGCAUUCAAUUCUCUACCAGAGUUUCGUGGUAUUAAACCUCUUGCCCUCUGCACCACUCUCGUGCUCCUCCACCUCACUGCUGCUUAUUAAGUCAUUCGUGUCCCCUCACCAGACUAGCUCAGUCACUGUGGGGAAACAAACAUUACCGUAGGUCUCAAACUCAGCAAACAUUCAGAUCUAAACCCCUUCCCACUCCCCAAAUUCCCUCCCUGGGUAAGUUCACCAGGGGCAAUAAUCUGCAAAAUGGAGUAGAACUGAAGCUUCCCAUUCUGCCUCUUCCCAGCCCUUCUCACCUCAAUUGAAUCUCCAAAGCCAGUACGUCUUUUCUAGGUAAUGAGACCCGAACUGCAUGCAGUACUCCAGGUGUGGCCUCACCAGUCCCCUACACAGCUGCAGCAUAAGCUCCCUGCUCGUAACUUCAAUUACUGUACCAAUGAAGGCCAACAUUCCAUUUGUUUUAUUGAUAAACUUGUUGCACCUGCAAAUCAACCUUUUCUGAUUCAUACACAAACACUCCUAAGUCCCUCUGCACAGGGCAUGCUACAAUCUUUCACCAUUUAAUAAUCUGAUCUUUUAUUUUUCCUUCCAAAGUGGAUGACCUCACAUUUACCAACAUUGUACUCAUUCUGCCAGACCGUUGCCCACUCACGUAACCUAUCUAUAUCCCUCUGUAGACUCAACACAUCCUCGACACAGUUUUUCUUUCAAUUCAGUGUCAUCAGCAAACUUAAACACACUACAGCUGGUCCCCUCUUCCAAUUCAUGCUCCCCGAGCUCUCAGUUGCUUAAGGAGAGGUUCCUGCAAUACAUGGUGUGAUUGGAAACUGUAAUGGUGGAGGAGUUGUGAUGUGGACUAAAUGCUUUGCUAUUCCAUGUUGAGAGAACUGACAAUGGUAACAAUGCUGUCCUUCAGCUUGAGCUCAGCCGACAUUGUUUUAAGAACACUCAGGAGGCUCUCCAUUAGUUUGGGGUCAACCAUGGAUGUUGCAUCCUAGCUAUCUAUGUUCAAUACGCAAGCCAGGGCAGCACAAUAUGCAGAGCAAACUGUCCCACAUGCAGCAGGCUCCCCAUAUCGUAUGCAAAGCAACAGCAGAGACCAAUAUAGCAUCGCAGGAGCUGCUGGUCAGUGUUGAACUCAACAUAGGACUUCCUUAGGGACUCCAGCUUUGGAGUUUUCCUUGGGUUUUAGUCACGAAGCCUACCCCGUCAGCAGGUAUAGCCACAAGGUAGCAGAGGUUUGAGAUCAGAGUUUUCCUUCUACAUGAGCUGUCAACCAUGCUGAUGAGCCCCAUCUGCCCGAAGUGACUGGUUUUGUGCCAGUAACCCACCUUUGCUCCUUCUGUCAGUGGUAACAGUUCCACCAGGCUUAGUAGCUAAGCCACACGUGAAGGCCAGGAGCUGGACUUGAUUGUCAAAGGCUCCAUUGGGAGCAUUUAAUCGGUAGUGGGAGCUGAUCCACGCUACCUCCCCCAGACUAUAACAACCUUAAGGAAUCUCCCUUAACAAUUUUAAAUGCUUCUUAUAUGCAGUAAGAAGUUUGAACUGCCAGUCUGUGAGGGGUUUUGUUUGUGUGUGUAUUUGUGUGAGUUUGUGUGUGGAGUCCUCAUUAUUUUGAUUUUGUUAUUUUUGCUUUUACAAUAUGAUAGUUGUGAAGUUUCUUUAUUUCUGAUAUUUAAUGCAAAUCAUGACGUGUUUAUUUGUGUGCUUCGCACCCCCUCCCCCCGUCCCAUCUCAGCCUCUCGCACUACUGCCUCCUGUAUUGGCAGUGGUGGGAGAUCACAUGAACAGUGAACACAGGCGGGAAGGAUGCAUGCACAUGUGUGUAUCUUCCUUUUACUUAGUUUUGUAUUUUAAAUGAUUUAAUUAUGAUUGUAUAAAACUGUUCAAAAUAAACAUUUUUAACAACA